CAGGAUCCACGCGCCGCGAACGUUCUGCGAGCGUGCGCACGUUCCCAUGGCUGAGAAGAAGACGUAGCUGUACGAACAUGCGAGCAUGGGUUAUCGUUCGAACUUUCAGAGCCGCCCUUCGAAAUCUGCUACGACCACCAGCCUGCUUGGCGGUGACCGUCGCUCGGCAGCAGCAUGAAGGAGGCCCGUCCACCCCGUCCCUCGACGCUGUGGCUCAUCGCUUUCACUGCCGCCUUCCUCGUCGUGGCCGUGGUCGCCCUGAUCUCGCUCCUCCUGGCCGUGAUGUGGGCGCCGCGGGUCGCCGAGCGAGCCCUGCAGGGCUGGCGACCUCUGUACCGACUCGACGCGUUCGCCGCCAGAAUCACCGCGCGAAGACAGCGCCACAUCACGCUCGUGUGCACCGUGGGCGCCGGCGUCGUCGCCCCGAGGGAGGCGUACCCUCCCGACGGCGUCUGCCACUACACCGUGUUCACUCACGUCUCGUACGACCAGCGGCACGGCGCCUUCCGAGCGCUCGGGGCAUCGUCGACGUCGCAGGCUGCGGCGAGCUGGCGGAUCUUCCUGCGGGAGGCGUCCGGUUCCACCGUGACGCGCCUGCUGCCGUCGCACGGCGACUGGGAGGCGUUCGUGCGAUCGCUCGCGCCGGACCUGGCGCGGCGUAUCAACGCCAGCCUCGUCCGCCACCGCCUGCACGGCCUGGCGCUCUUCCACGUCCGCGUGCGGCCGGCGCAGCUGUCGGUCGUAGCGGCCGCCAUGCAGCUGCUGGCGAAGCACAACCCCGGCAUGUUCCUCGCCCUCGGCGUCAGCUUCGAAGGCGUGAACGACGCGAACGCACUGAGCACGUUCCCGCCGGGCCUCCUGGACGACGCCGUGGCGCCGCUGUCCCUUCUGGUGCUGGAGACGCACGUGCCACCGCGGGACAGCGGAGGUCGCUGCCGCGCGGUCCUCUCGUCGGUGCCGGACUCCUACGUCGGCGAUUCCGAGCCCCAGGUGCCGAGUCGCCUCUCGCUCAGGGGCGCCAUUAGGAUCCUCGACCAGCAUCCGGACCUGCGGCGCGUGGCUGGCACGCCCGGUCUGGCCGGCUGCUUCUCGCUGUUCCUCGGCGCGCUCGUCUUCAACACGAGCAGCCCGGAAACGAAGCUCGGCGCGGUAUGCUCGUCCUGGUCCGCCGAUCAAGUUAGCAAGGUCUGCGAGCACCCGAGCGUGCGCCUGGACGAGCACACGCAAGUGGCGUACGGCCGAGACGGCAAGCGCUUCUUCAGCUUCGAGAGCGUGCACGCGAUUGUGCCCAAGCUGACGCCGCUGCUCAACGCGACGCUGCUGAGCGACCGCACCCCCUGCCUGGCGCUCUACAACAUUGAGCUGGACGACGGCGUCUGCCUGCGCUGCCCCUCCGAGCGCUACCCGAACAUCGUGGUGGAGGUGAACAAGCUUCUGAGCCUGUUGAACCCGGACUCGAGGUGUACCUGGAGUCUCUGGAAGCGCUUGUUUCCUUCGUCGCCGUAACACGAAACAUUGUCACGUUCAUUUCCUUUUUUAACGUCCGCAAUGACGGUGCAGUUGUUUGUAUAUUCGAAAGGUCAGUGCCCCCGAGGCGUAAUACAUCUUUUUGUUCAACUUUUAA